GAGAUUUGGCCGCUCGUGAAACUGGAUUUUUAUUUCAAACAUAUUUUUCAAUUAUCAUUAUAAAAUUGUUUUUUUAUGUUAUUAUAUAUUUCGUUCCCAUAACUACAUCAUGAGAUCAAGUCGGUCACAUUUGGAUCAUGAAAAUAAACGUAAUGAUUACCAUUAUCAUUCGUCUAGUCGAGGACAAUCAAACCAUUCGGAGAGCAAUGGACAUGGUACAAUCACCAAUAAUGAACAAUAUCGAUCAUCGAAAAGAUCUGGUGUCGGCAGUGGUUCUGGAAGCACCAAUCUUAUUAAACGCAUGAAAAGUACAACAACAUCACCAAAUGAUAAUACUACAAGAACUACUCGAGAUUUUGCAAAUUCCAAAUCAUCUAAAUCAUCAGCCAUCCAUAACUCGACUGUAAAUUCCAUCAAAAUAGAUCCAAAUGAAUGCCAUCAAUUGACUUAUAAUGGAUAUAAUCAAGAAGAAAUUGAAGCAUUGGCUGAUCCAAGUUUGGAUAAAAAAUCUGAUGAAGAUUUUGACAAAUUUAAAACUGUUUCUUCUAAUCUAAGAGAAUUAAUCAAAUUAAUUCUGGAAAAUAAGAAAGCAAAAGGUAAACUUAAAAAUGACCAUUCAAAUGGUAUGGAUAAAACGCUUUCGGACAUUAAAGUUAAAGGAUUAAUGUGUCUAAUGGAGAUGAAAAAUCUUAAUCGUCUGGAUAAAUAUCGUUUAAAAGAAGCACGCAAAAAAAUAUCAUUGGGCAAAGAUAAAGUAGAUCAAAUUCAUUUGCAAUUGCAGAAUAUUCAAUAUGAAGUUAUGCAUCUACAAAAAGAACAGAAAACCUGUGCUUCAUUCCGUUCAAAAGAUGAAUCGUUGGAUUUAUUGGACAAGGAUAAAUUUCUUCUUUCUGAUCACUUUCCUGAAGAUCUAAAACAUUUACUUGUGGUUUCGAGUACAUCUGUAGAUUUAAACAAAGAUAUUGCUUCAAGUGAAGAUUUAUACAAAUUACAUUUAGCCAGACUUGAUUGGGAACUUAAACAACGUAUCUCUGCGGAAAAUCAAUUGAAAAUGUCUGAAGAAUCGCGAUUCAAAUUAGAAGUGGAAAUAACAACUAAAAAACGAACAUUAUCUCAAUUCGAUCCAACAUUGAAGAAUAUAAUCGAAGCUGCCAAGCCAUUAGUAUCACAUCUAAAUGUUCCAUUACAAGUUUACGAUACUUCUAACCUCUUAACAUCAUACCUUCCACAACCACUUUAUGUACUCUACAUCCAACUUCGUGCAUACAAAAGUGCUUUCGAUUUGGAUUAUAACGUUGCUAUACAAGGAUCAGCUGAGGAUGCUCAAGAAUUUGAAUCAAAACAAAAAAAUGAAUCCAAUUUAUUACUCUUAAUGAAUAGUAUGCAAAAAGAAAUUGAUGAAGAAAAUGGAUUGCAGUUUGAAGAUGACGAAGAUGAAUCUGAACAUAGAAAGAAAUCAAAAAAAUCUCGAUAUCAUUCACAACGCCAUGUAGUGGAAGAAGAUUCAACAAAUAAAACUUUACAUUCAGAUUCAAAGAAUGAUUUUUAUUCAAGAUACAGUAAACUGUUUACGUUUCAUCCGAUUAAAAUAUGUGUAAAUUUUCGUUAUCAUAAUUACCAGAUCGUAUGUGUUUUUACCUAUUUUCCUAAACUUGAAUUGGUUGGUCUCACCUAUAAAAUCGAUAACCUUUCAUCCCCGAAUUCGACUGAACCAAAGUAUUCAGUGAUCAACUACGAUAGCAAUAUUUUUGCUAAGCUACUUUCUUCAUCCGAUACUGGAUUGAAAUGUCCCAAUGCAAAAAUUGAAUAUUUAUUGUGUCGAUUUGGCAUCAAUUCAUAUGCGGAUUUAAUACCUGAAAUUGGCUAUACUUAUGAUUGGACACAACGCAUUGCUGGUAUUGAAUAUUUGAAUUCUGAUGAAAAUCCAUUGCUUUCGAAUAGCGGUAUUAUACGUGUUAAGUCGUCUAUAGCGAUAGACUGCUUGGAUAAAACGGUCAGAACUAUGAUGUAUCGUUUUCAAUCAAGAAUCGAUUUGCAAAAACAACUUGAUCAUAUACGCGUUAACAAAUGUAUUGACGCGAGUUUAUUUAAUAAUUCAAUUGUUUCAAAUGGUCAGAAUUUAAUAUUCUCGAAGCCCAGAUGUUUUAUUCAAUCUUUCGAUAGAAUUACUGGUGAUGAAUUGAUCAACGGACUAGAUUCAUAUCAAAAGAAAAAUCUUAUCGAAUACUUUGAACAAGAUGUCGAUGAUCGUAAUGCAUUUUGUAAUGAUCUUUUUGAUCAAAAUAAUUUUAUUUACAAAUUGAUUCUCAGAUGCGAGCCAUUAGAUUGUUCAUCUAUUCAAGAAUCCAAUUUAAACGAAUGGAAUGCCUACAUCAUCAUUCCUCAUAAUUAUCCUAGGCGAUGGCCAUUUUUUAUAUUAAGUUUGGCCACUAAUGGUCCAUUCUUCCUCUGCCGAAAUUGGAUCCGUAAUUUGGAGGAACACAUAAACGUGAAUCUGGCUGAAAAUUUGAUGAAACAACAAAAGUUAGAGAAUGAAAAAGAAUUCUAUUCAAAAACUUUGCUACUAAGACAAAUUUAUGAUCUACAAUGUGGUUUUGAUGUGAUUUCUGAUGCAUACGUAAAAUAUGAACAACUAGCCAAUAACGAAAGUAUUGAAGCAUACUCUGGACCUCGUUGUGUAAAUUCAUUUCUUUCUACACUAAUAGUACAAGGACAUGAUCACUCGUUGAAAUUCGCAAGAUUUGAAUUGUAGUAGAACUGAUAUUUUAUUUAUUAAAAAUGGAUUUAUUUUCAAACCCAUA